AUGGCCUCAUCAAAACGAAUUGGCAAAGAACUCGCCGACCUCACCAAGGAACCCGUCGAUGGUAUCAGUGUCGAGCCCAAGGAGGACAACAUUUACAAAUGGGUCGCUAGGCUCAAGGGACCCGCAAAGAGCCCUUAUGCAGGAGGCACUUUCUUGGUCGACAUGGACUUCCCCAUAGAGUAUCCAUUCAAGUCGCCCAAAGUGAAAUUCAACACCCGCAUCUAUCAUCCUAACAUUGAUGAGAGUGGAAAUCUCUGUGUUGGUAUCCUCAAGAGCGAGGCUUGGAAACCUAGCACCAAGGCGGUGACCAUCUUACUGUCCAUACUCCAGCUCCUCGACGAGCCAAACGCUGACGAUGCGUUGGUCGCUUCUAUCGCUGAGCUCUACAACAAAGACCGAGCCAAGUUCGACAAGACGGCGCAGGAGUACACCAAAAAGUACGCUUCAGCAUAG